UCAAUCGCUUAAAAUCGCUAGUACUUGAGCGGAACCGAUGUUGACAUGACAUUCCUCUUCUCCCAGCGCAUGAUCGGCAUCUUCUAUUCGAUUCCCUAGAUAUGUUCCGUCGGAUAUAUCGCCCGCCAACGAGGCUGUUAAAUUUCCGGAAGCGACAUCUUUUCGCCACCAAUGCUGUGGUGGUUGGUGGUUGGUUCCUGGCGAUCGUUGCAUUCCCCAUCCGGCCGACCGGCUCAAAAUCAUUCCAUUCCGUCCCCGUUAUGACGUUCACGAAAGGUUUUUACAAUAGCGGUUGAUUGAUUGCCAUUGUCAUGUCAUUGUCAUUGUCUGGAUAGAGUUGGCGACUACUACCUAUUCCAUGUUUAUUUGCGAUCUCACCU